AUGCUUUUUGCUGAUGAUAUUGUGUUAAUCGCCGAGUCUCGAAGUGAGGUUAAUGUGAAAUUGGAACAGUGGCGUAUAUCAUUGGAGGGUUAUGGAUUGCGUCUGAGCCGUUCUAAAACCGAGUAUCUCUGGGCCAAUUUCAGUGAGGAGAUUCAUGAGGCGGAUGUUGCUGUAUGUAUUGCGGAGGCUCGUGUACCACAAACUAAUACAUUUAAAUACUUGGGUUCUAUUAUUCAGAGUAAUGGUGAUAUUUCUGCGGAUGUUACACAUCGUAUUUCUACAGGAUGGCUCCGUUGGCGGGCUGCUACAGGGGUGUUGUGUGAUAAGAAUGUACCUUUGAAGUUGAAGGGUAAAUUCUAUCGUGUAGCAAUCAGACCAUCAUUAUUAUAUGGUUCCGAGUGCUGGCCAUUGAGAAAGGCUCAGGAGCGUAGGCUAGAGACAGCGGAAAUGCGUAUGUUGCGUUGGACCUGUGGUAACACCAUGACAGAUCAUAUACCGAAUGAUACUUUUCGACGUCUUUUGGGUGUUGAGUCUAUCUCUAAGAAGAUAAGGGAGGGACGUUUACGUUGGUAUGGACAUGUUCGGCGUAAAUGUAACUCAGCACCGGUUAGGAGAGUAGAACACAUAUCAGUUCGGGGUAAGAGAAAGAGGGGUCGGCCUCGGCGGACAUGGGCUGAUCAAUUAAGUUUGGACAUGGGAUCCUUAAAUCUCACAGGUGAUAUAACAGUAGAUAAGAAUGAUUGGAGACGGCGUAUUAGAGUAGUUGAGACUAGGUCUCGUGGCUCACAGAGAUUAUGA